AUGAAUGACAUAACAAAAAGCUCGGAUCCUGUUAUUAAUGUGGAGGCCAGUGAUGACAGCCCGGAAAAUGCGGUUAAUUCUUCACCACUGAAUCCCAUUCACCGGUUUAUAGCAGCCAUACCUGAGAGGGUACCGGCUUUUGGUAUACUAUGCGCUCUAUUAGGAGUUACAAUGUUUUCUGUGGCGUCACUUAUUGUUAAAUUAUUAAAACAUUUACCUGCCGUUGAAAUACUUAUAUUUAGAUGCGUGUUUCAAUUCAUCCCCUAUUUCAUCAUAACAAUCGCCAAAAGGUACUCAUUUUUUGGUCUACCGGGAAGUCGUUUAGAUCUGUUCCUGCGGUGUGUAUCGGGAACCGCGUCGUUGGUCACCCUAUACAUGGCAUUCAGGCUAAUGCCACUGUCGGACGCCAUGACUCUAUACAUGUCAUCGCCUGUAUUUGUCACUAUAUUUGCCUACUUUAUACUCAAAGAGCGCAUAACUGUUGUACACGUGACCACCGGUACGAUCACAAUCAUCGGGGUAUUUAUUAUAUGCCGACCGGAAUUCUUGUUCGGCCACAACAAUCAUCACCACAAACACCACUACGAGCACCGGCUAAUAGGCAUAGCCCUGUCCAUAGGGGCGGCCAUCACGUCGGCCUAUUCCCUGAUAAAUCUGCGCAAACUUAAGUUAACACCCGUUCCCGUAAUAGUCAUGUGGUAUUCAAUAGCGGUGGUAGUGAUUGGCAAUUGUGUGCUACCAUUCCUGGACCGGUGGGUACUGCCCCGCGAUUUGUACACGUGGUCACUGUUGGUG